AUGGAGAUGAAGCUCAAGGCCACUACGAAGAAACAAAAGAUUGAAGAUUUCAAGGAGCAUUUGGUGAAUAGUCCGCACAGUUUAUUUUCGUCAUCCUCCCAUCUCCGUUUUAUUUUCGUCGUCCUCCCACCUCUGCUUACUCGGUACCCUCUAAGCGAAAAAAACCUGUCUUGGACUGGCAACGUGCGAGCGAGCGGGCGAAGCCUCCAGGUGCCCUCGAGCGACACCACACCAGAUCCCCUCGUCGUUGCCCUCGCCCGCGCAGCCGCCGCCGAUCCCCUCCCCCAUCUUCCUCCCUCAAACGCUAACCCGUCUCCACACCACGACCGCCACCGCCCGUCGUGGCCGCCCCCGCCACCUCCCGCCGCGGCCGCCGCCUCAGCUCCAGCCGUGGCCAUCGCGCCCAGAUCCAGCCGCGGCCGCCGCCCCCACGUCCCACCGCGGCCGCUGCCCUGCGCGCCAACGACCCCUUCCCCCGCUGCUGCGCCACAGGUCCACUUCGCCAUGAGCUCCAGCGCCGACCAUCCCGCCGCUUCUCGUGAUCCCCUCUUCCGUCAGCUCCACUUCACCGGAACCGAACGGGCAGGCGGCCGGCGGGCGACGCGAGGCGCGGUGGCGGCGCGAGGAAGACGGGCAGAUCCGGGCACGGUGUCGAUCGAUCUGGCGGCUGGUGUGGCGGCUUGUUCCAGUGCCAGCGGCGUCCUGCUCAUCCAGAGAAGGAGAGAGAAGGGCCUGAGGGAGAGAGGAAACAGAGGAAGAAAGAAGAAGGAGAAGGGACGCACGCAGGGUGAGAGAGGCAGUUGCCGGCGAUGACGGCUCCGGUGACUGGCCGACGGGCUUGCUAGGCAAGGCUAAGGAGUACGCUAGCCUGAGAUUCGAUAGAGGUGUGUUUGAUUUUUAUAUUUGGGUUGAACAGCCAGUUUGCUGUGUUUGACAUGUCGUGCCUGAGAUUUUGUUCUGGAACAUGCUGCUUUAGUUGGUAAAAUCAUUCUUGGGUAGAUUUAUCCGAUGUACUGAAGUAUCAUCCUAUGGAGUGCAUGAAUUGAAUGAAUUUUUGAAUUUUGAGCA